UCUUAAGCUAACGUGCUAAGAUACGUAGGCACUAAGAAGGUACGUACUAAGAUACAUUAGGUUAGGAAAUUACGGCUCGUCAACAAAAAAGUCGACCCGGUGUGGGGCACCUCCUAUACAAUUUCCCGGGCCGUUAUAAGAAGAGACCCUACUUCCCUUAUUUCCUCCCUUGUACCCUAAGUCCAGAGGCAUAUCCCAAGGCAUAUCCUAAGACAUACCUUAUUAGUUAAAAGUUCAACACCGCGUCGACAAGAUGGCUAAGAGAACCACCCUCAAAGAGUUUGAGUCUGUCUUCGCCAAGCUUGAGGAGGAUCUCCUGGCUUGGGCGAAGCAAUACCACUUGCCUCAGGAGCAGCAAGAUUAUUACAAGAAGAUGCUCGAAGAAAACGCCGUUGGCGGAAAAUGCAACCGUGGAAUGUCAGUUCCUGACUCGGUGUCUAUCCUUCUUGGCAAGGAGCUGUCCGAAGAGCAGUACUUCCAAGCUGCCACUCUAGGCUGGCUAAUUGAGUUUCUUCAAGCUAUGUUCCUCGUCUCGGAUGAUAUCAUGGAUAGCAGCAUCACCCGUCGUGGCAAGCCAUGCUGGUAUCGCCAGGAAGGCGUCGGUAUGGUUGCUAUCAACGAUUCUUUCCUACUUGAGUCUGCUAUCUACACCUUGCUCAAGAAGCAUUUCAAGACUCACCCCUCCUACAUCGACAUGGUAGAGCUGUUCCACGAAGUAGCACUGCAAACCGAGUUCGGCCAGCUCUGCGAUCUUCUCACAGCUCCGGAGGAUGUCGUGAACCUCGACAACUUCAGCUUAGACAAGUAUACCUUUAUCGUCAUCUACAAGACCGCGUAUUACAGCUUCUACCUUCCCGUUGCUCUGGCGCUGCACAUGCUCAACAUCGCGACCCCUAAGAACUUGAAGCAAGCUCAUGACAUCCUCAUUCCCAUGGGCGAGUACUUCCAGAUCCAAGACGACUACCUCGACAACUUUGGUCUUCCGGAACACAUCGGCAAGAUCGGAACCGAUAUCCAGGAUAACAAAUGCUCUUGGCUUGUCAACCAAGCCCUGGAGUUAGCUACUCCUGCGCAGCGUAAGACGCUCGAAGAACACUACGGCAGGAAGGACAAGGCCCACGAGGCCGAGAUCAAGAAACUCUACAGCGAAAUGAAGCUCGAUAAACUGUACGAGGACUACGAGGAGAGGAGUGUCGGCAAUAUUAAAGAAUUGAUCUCUCACUUGGACGAGAGCGAAGGGUUGAAGAAGGGUGUUUUCGAAGAGUUCUUACGUAAGAUCUACAAGCGAAGCAAAUAAAGAAGUCGAAAUGGAGGAACGAAGCUUACGAAGUC